AGGGAGAUAAACGCUAUACUGACUGGUGGGCAGACACAUACAUACAUACAUAUUUAUAUGUAUGGUGGGAAUGAUGGGUGGUGGUGUUGUAAUGAAGGGCGGAGGUGGGCAAAAGACGGUGCUGAUAACAGGCGUUAGCAGAGGACUGGGAAAAGCCUUAGCCCUAGAAUUGGCCAAGAGAGGCCAUUUCGUCAUCGGCUGCUCUCGCUCUCAGGAUAAACUCAAAUCUCUACAGACCCAACUCUCUUCCGACGACGACAAACACCUCUUCUUCAAUCUUGAUGUCUGUUCAAAUAGCAGUGUUCAGGAUUUGGCACGACUUGUCAUGGAGAAGAAGGGGGUUCCCGAUAUUAUUGUUAAUAAUGCAGGUACCAUAAACAAAAACAACAGACUAUGGGAGGUUCCAGAGGAGGAAUUUAAUGCUGUGAUAGAUACUAAUCUAAAGGGAAUAGCAAAUAUGUUACGACACUUUAUUCCGCUUAUGAUUGAGAAAAAACAAGGGAUUAUUGUGAAUAUGUCAUCUGGGUGGGGAAGAUCCGCUGCAGCACAGGUGGCCCCUUACUGUGCCUCAAAAUGGGCAGUAGAAGGGUUGACCAAGUCGGUGGCAAAGGAGUUGCCAAGCGGCAUGGCAGCCGUUGCACUUAAUCCGGGUGUCAUAAACACCGACAUGCUUGCAUCAUGCUUUGGCUCUUCAUCCAGUCUGUACCAGGCACCUGACGCAUGGGCUCCCAAGGCUGCUGAUAUGAUACUAAAUCUCACAAUGGCUGAUAAUGGUUCAUCUCUUUCAGUAUAAAUAUCAGAUCAGAUCAUUGUAGCAUCUUUUUUUCCAUAUAUAAAUAUGCAUAGCUGUGUUGUUGAGAACCCAAAAAUCGUUUGCUUUAUCCGAGUUGAAAGGCCCGGCCCUUCUAGUUUAGUUAAUUUAGUCUUUUUAAAACGAUAUGAGUUGUUUUUUAUGGAUAUCCAAUUCCAAUCCCAACUUAAGUUGUUUU